AACAAGGUGGCUCUACCAAAAAUCUAUAAGAGCCGAGUUGCUUCACCCACAAACUUCUUCUUCUCUUCUACAUCACCACCUCACUUCGACACUCCUUUUCACCAUCAUAUGGUCCUCAAAAGUUAUAUCAUAUAAGCUAUUUAACUCCCUUCCGAGUCAAACAAGUUUAUAUUUCAGUUAAACAUCAACACGUACCUCGAUCGACCGAGGCCAUCCGCUCCUUCCUAUCUUUGUGAAAUCAACUCGACCGCACCAGACAAAAUUUUGACGGAAGGAACGACAGCCGUUCUUGCAAGUAUCUUAAGCACAUAUUUACACAUAUCUGUGUGGCCCUUACCUGAUCUAAUCAGUUUGAGCUACAACUCCUAUACCUUUGUGAUCUUCUCUGUUUCCUCUCUUUCUUCCCUCCCAACCUUCAUCACCAAACAUCUCCGACCAUACUACCCUCUCGACUCCCUUUACCCAACUGAAUUACAAACCCACCACAGCACUGCCAGUACUGCAACUGAGAAACGAUCAACAUGUCUUUCACUGUUGCAGCUACAGGCUCGCCAACUUCUCGUCGAACCUUCACGAGCAGGAGCCAGUCUCAAGAGAAUGCUGGCUUCGAAGAUGAAAAGCCACAGAUGCGUUCUGACCCUACCAACAUGCUGAAGAAGUCUACCAGUGCUCUCUCCAGCUCCAAGCUUGUCAACCAAGUUCCCAAGGCGAAGAUGAACCACGACCAUACAUCUUUCAACGAACUCAACCCAAUGGAUAGACUCCUUGCGAAGCUCUCUGAGCAACAGGCAACUAUCAACAAGCAGCACGAAGUUCUUCAAACCGCUGAUGAUGCACACCGCACCCAUGUAUCUUCAGAUGUUGAAUAUGUCGCAACUUCGGCAACGAGCUCUGUCUCGGUUACUCCUGCCACAAACUCUGCUGAAGGCACCGUUUCCGGUAACAGCACCGAUACAGUCGACACCGUCGAUGAGAAGAACACUCCACAGCCAAGCAAAGAUGAGGUUCUCCGCCUCAAAAUCGAACUCGAGAAAGCCAAAGGCAAGAUUGCCCGCAUGGACCAGGAGCUUACUCAAACUCGAAUCACCAAGCAUACUAUUGAGCAAGCUAUUGGUAGCAACUCGGAAACUGACUUCCCAAUGGACCAGCUCAAUGCUCCUGGCCGUUCUGUGUAUCUCCCAGAUGGUACUUGGAUUGGCCAGGACGAUAACCAUUCUGACAACAGUGAUGCUCUCUCUGUUGGUGGCUUCAAUCGUGCCAGUGGGAUUUGGGGUAACUCUGGUAGAGCCCCAUUCACCAAUUAUCAAGGUGGCAUGCAAGACCUCCAACCUGCUUCUGGGUUUCCUGGGAACCCUUGGGCGGCGGGACGUGGCUUCAAUGUACCCUUUUCUGAUCUCUCUGGGGGGUUGGGCCAAACUGUUCCUGGCUUUCGUUCUGACCGCCUUAUCCCUGACAAUGAUAGCUCCAUUGGAUUAGCUGGUGACCGCCGAAACGCCAAUCGCGGCCGCUUCAUGAACCGCACUCCAGGCGCAUUUCCAUACGCAAGCAGCAACAGCUCUUACGAUGGACUUACCCCCACUACAUCCUACAGUUCUGUUGCAGGCCUUGGUGGAGGUGCAAUCGGCACUAUGGGAGGAUCGAUUGGGUUGAAUACUGGUGGUGCUUUGAGCUAUCAGACUCAGCCACUUGGGACCCCUCUUUCGCCAUUUGCACCAGAAUUCAACUCAUUGAAUGGGCAGUGGAAGAAUGAUAACACAAUUGCUGUUGAGGGCCAAACCUUCCUCCCGACUACUGAGCCAUUGAACUAUCGUCGUUUACUUGACCGCACGGUCAACUGCAACUGGAAGUACAUUGUCGAUAAGAUUGUUUGCAAUAAUGAUCAGCAAGCAUCUAUCUUUCUUCAACAGAAACUCAAGGUUGGUACCACUGAGCAAAAGUAUGAUAUUGUCGAGGCCAUUGUUGCUCAGGCCUACCCGCUGAUGAUUAAUCGCUUUGGCAACUUCCUUGUUCAGCGUUGCUUCGAACAUGGUACUCCAGAGCAGGUUAUCAAGAUUGCUGAAGCUAUUCGAGGCAACACAUUGAAUCUCUCCAUGGAUGCAUUUGGCUGCCACGUCGUUCAGAAAGCCUUUGACUCUGUCCCGGAGGACUACAAGGCGAUCAUGGUCCACGAGUUGCUUCGCCGCAUCCCGGAGACCGUUAUUCACCGCUACGCCUGCCAUGUCUGGCAGAAGUUGUUUGAGCUGCGCUGGACCGAGUCACCACCUCAGAUUAUGAAAUUUGUGAACGAGGCUCUCAGAGGAAUGUGGCACGAGGUUGCCCUCGGCGAGACUGGUAGUCUGGUAGUGCAGAAUAUUUUUGAGAAUUGCCUCGAGGAGGACAAGGUAAGCCAUCAUCACAUAUGCGCCUAAAUAUUCAUACUAACAUAUUGUAGCGCCCCUGCAUCGAAGAAGUUCUUGCUAGUAUCGACAUCGUUGCUCACGGCCAGUUUGGCAAUUGGUGCAUCCAGCACAUUUGCGAGCAUGGAGUACCGGUUGACCGUAGCCGUGCUAUUGACCAUGUCAUCCGCUAUGCUUCUGAGUAUAGCAUGGACCAAUUUGCCUCCAAAGUUGUUGAAAAGUGCCUCAAGAUUGGCGGCGUGGAAUUUCUUGGUCGAUAUCUUGAUCGUGUUUGCGAAGGCCGCAACGACCGUCCACGCAUCCCACUCAUUGACAUUGCCAGCGACCAAUACGGCAACUAUCUCAUCCAGUACAUUCUUACUCACUCCAACCCCCAGCAUAGAGAGAUUGUCGCUUGCCACAUCCGCAAGCACAUGGUCUCUCUCCGUGGAUCCAAAUUUGGGUCUCGUGUCGGUAUGCUUUGCACCAACCCUGCCAUUGCAACCCGCCCUGGACCUGGCGUUGGCCCCGCCCUCGGCGCAAACCGCAUGCCUCAGGGCAACCCCCGAUUUGGUGGCGCUUACCGCUAGAUAUUGAUGCUGCCGCACCGUUGCCAAUUCGGUAAAGCAUUCCGGACUCUUCUGCAGGUCGUGGUCUGGCAUUGCACGAUAUUCACAGGCGAUGGAAUAGCAAGUCAUAUUUCUGCAGCAUAAAUCAUAUCCCCAAAACAAGCUUCGUCUCAGCGCUUUUGGUGUUACCCAUAUAUGGAUGUCCCGAUCGGCUCCUGAAAUCCUCUGAUCACCCAAGCUCGCUUUGUUUCAGUUCGGCGGUACUAUUUUCAAAAGAUCGUUUUCGUCUGAGAUCCGCCAAAAAUUUCUUCUUUGUCUUCAUUUCGACAUGUUCUCAAGCAACCUACCAUACCAUUACGUAUCAUCCUACGCUAUGGAUGUUAUCCCAUGGGCGACUUGGAAACUUUAUGUUUAUCGGCUUCUCAAGGAGUUCCUGCCUGAGGUGUUCCUUAUGCUUUACAAAUUGUUCCUCAAAUAUUUACCUUGAAAGUGAGAAUCUGCUCGCUACUAAGGCAUUGUUCUGAUAGUCAUUCGCCAGAGUUGAGAAGGGGCGAAGAAGCCAGAUCGUCAUAGUGCGUGCGGUUUGGGCAUGGACAGAGUGGUGGCUUAUAUCGUCAAGGUGCAAUUUUCUGGGUGGCUAGAUCCUCCUGCCUCCUGCCUCCUGCCUGCGUUAGAUCAGCUUUGUUAUCUAGUCAUCCAUUCUAAUAAAGAUUGCUCAUGAGAAUAACUUUCUUCGGGGCGUAUGGUUAUUUGCUACUCUUCGUGCUUUCCAAUAUAGCAUUGCUCUGUUCGGCUACGUUGUCAGUGGUUAUUUAGGGAUUCUAUAUUAGAUAAUAGACACUACAUGCAUUGAUUUUAUUUUAUUGAUGACCGUCUUAACUUGUGUCCACGAUGAUGUUGAUGAUAUGGGGAUGGAUGGUUUUGAUAAU